UCUGACAGGCUCCAAGAUCUACCAAUAGAUCCCGAUCAACUGGUUGGUGCCCACUGCUCUACAUUGCCCUGUGGGAGAACUCCCCCAUCCUUCCUCACGGGGACACUUUCUGGGGUUCCAUGACAGCUGACUUUCCCUUGGCUGUCUCACCCGCUCCAGAAUUUGAUCAUGUAUUUCCAUAUAUUGAACAUGCACAGAGGGGUCCGGAUUCAGAGCUAGGUUUAGAUCUAGCCAUGUGCAUCUCAACAAACACGUGGCAGAAAUGGAUUCUUGCCCCAUGCGCUGUCUCUUGCUGCAUCUUAGAUACCCAAUGCCGAGGCUGCCCGAUGAAUCUCCCUGCAAAUGUACGUGACGUGUCAGACGCGGCUGGGCAAGGUCAGAGUGAAGUAGGAUUCCUCAAGAUAAAGCCACAAACUAGUAUUUUGAAAAUGAAAAUUGGCUAAUUGUGCAAGUGUAACGUGUGGAACAACAGGAAGAGGGAUUUCUGUUCAGGUGAGCUGGUGCUCAGGCAGUUCUCUGAAGCCAGCGUCUUAAGAGCCUCUGUGGCUUGAGUCUGUCGACCCGGUUGAGAUCUUACCCUGAGAUGGGAUGGAGGCUCUAUCGCUUGUGAGUCUUGCGGUAGGAGAGAACUCGGAGCAAGUAAGCCCUUUGGUCUAUUCACACAGCUUGGUCUCCAGCACCUCUGCAGACAGAGAUUCCUGGUACUGCAUUUACCUCUUGAGUCAUGCGCACGGGCCCUGUGAGCCAGCAGAAAGGUCUGGCUGUGUGUUGAAUGUGGUUUUGAAGAUCCAUUUACCUGUGGGCAUCACAUUGCCGUGGAAUCGGUGUGGGGACCGCACUAGCCAUUUGGCCCUGUUGGGAUGAGUGAAAGCAGGAAAGGAAAGUAGCUUUGGUGACCCAGCAGGACAGACCAUGGCAGGAUUGUUCCCUCUUUUAUCGAAUCCAGGACGGUUUUUGCCUCAAGGUCUGAGCCUUCCAUGAAUUCCCUCGUGAGACCCUUCCCUGAUGCUCCAGUAGAAUGAAAUAUUUUUACACCAAGCACUGAAUUUUCCAGAGGAGUUGGAACAGCAUAAUAUGAGUCUUCAUGAGAUGACCUCUCUAAUGUGUCUGCAGAGGGGAAGAGCUGGUGCUCCCAGUAAUCAUGGGACGCUUCCCAGCCGAGAGAACUGAUUGAUCUAACUUCUCUCCAUUUCUUCCCAUUACCUUACUUCUACCCAUUCCUUCCACUCUAAGCAGUUCCUUCCCCCAGAUGUUUCAAGCCCUAAGAGAAAUGUCUGCCAAUCCCAGUGAAGAUUCAAGCCAGACUGGCCAUUUUCUCCCCACCCUUCUUAAAAACUUCUUAAGUCAAGGACAAGCAUCCCUACAAAUAAGGUAAACAGCUUCAAUUUUAUAAUGUUUCCAAGCCCUGGAUGCAAAGCCAAAAAUAGAGCAGAAAAACUCCUUUGAAUCGGCCCUCCCUCCUUUACAGCACACUGGCCUCUGAAUGUUUCUCAGGGGAGGUGUGUUGUGCAUUGUCAACUCAAGGUCGCUUUGUUUGAAUGGGAGGUGCAGUCCUUCCCAUACAUAAGUGUUUCGAGGGAUGCACUUAGUAACUCUAGCCUCGGAGGUUAGAGCUGCUCCGCGCCAGAACAUGAAGCCCGUGCUAGGAGUCGCUUUGCAGUACCUGCUGCUGUUCCUCCCAUCUGCUGCUGUGCCUAGGAAGAGAGGCAUCGGGGGAGGACUCUGGCAGGCUGAAGAACUGGAAAUAACCUUCCCGAAGGAGCUGGAAGAAAAGGAAGAUGAGAGCACGUAUGAGGGAGCAGAACCCAGCUUCAUGGCAUUGACAUCCAAGGCCACCGCUGUUCCUCAUCCCCUCUUGAAGAGUGACCAGCCAGGAGAUUAUGCCAAGGGAGCAAAAUGCCCCCAGCUCUUCCCCGAGGAGGCAGUUUCCCCAGUUGUGGGGUUAGAAUCCAGCCUCCCUGCUUGGCUCCCUGACAGGCUGGAAGGGCCUGUGUGCACGGUGAGAAUGAGCAGGCGGUACGGCUUGGACCAGAGUCUUUUGGAAGUUGUGGGGGUCCUUACCAGCUACGAAAGCGAUUUCCUGAAGCUGGUGAGACAUGCCAGCUGGGAUCAAGGCCAGCUGCAGACCUUUGGGAUCUGUCCUGCCGGGGAGACCCAUUCUGCUCUCCUGUCUCUGAAGCACAUCCAUGCCCACUUGGCUGAGCCAGGGGAGAGCAGGUUCCUGGUGCUGCAUCUUGAGGAAGUGACGUGGGAUGCUGAGACGAAGCUCAGGUUUACGCUGGCUCUUCAAGAGGAGGUGGGGCGGUCGUUUGGAGAGGUCCAAUCUGCCUUGCUGGUAUUUUAUCUGGGAAGCAGGGAAAGCAAAGCAAGAGAGACGCUCCUGGCCGCAGGAGAUGGGCUGCUCCAGAAGCAGGCUCUCUGCCUCUCCAGGGCCACCCGGUACCUGCUGCUCCGGGCCUUGGUGACGCCUGCCACACGCACACCCAGGCAGCUCAGCUUCCACGUUUCCUUGGCAAUCAGGCGUCAUGGCGAUGGAGGCCCCCUCCUGCCGACCUCGGAGGUCCAGCGGCUCCUCUUUGGCGCCGACGAGAAGUGUUUCACCAGGAUGACUCCAGCCUUGCUCUUGCUGGAGAAGAGGAAGGUGUCGCGGCAGACCCGCAGCGCCGGGCCCCAGGCCUACUGCCGCCUGCAGGAGCUGAUGAUCGACCUGCACUACGACAAGUUCGUCAUCCUCCCGGACAAGUACAUGGCCAACAACUGCGAGGGCCCCUGCCGGCGCCCGCUCUCCACCCGCAUCCCCGACUACUCCUCCCACUCGGUGCUGCUGGUGGACAUGCAGGAGCGGGGGGCCCCGCUGCAGCGCAGACCCUGCUGCGUGCCCGUCAAGUACUCCGACAAGGAGAUCAUCAGCAUGACGGCCGAGGGCGUCCAGGUCACCACCUUCCCCAACAUGGUGGCAGAGGAGUGCGGCUGUCGGUAGGGCGCCCGGCCUGUCCCGAUGCUCCCUGCCGGCCUGGGGCGCCUGGAGGGGGGCUGUGGGCUCUCCAGCUGCCUUUCCCCCAACGUGCUGGCUCGUUGCCUCCCUCUCGCUGGGCCUGGUGCUCCGGGAAACUGAGCGCAGCC